AUGAACGGGCUGCCUUCGGCCGAGGCGCCGGGCGGCGCUGGCUGCUCCCUGGUCGGACUCCCGCCGCUACCGCGCGGCCUCAGCGGCCUCCUCAACGCAAGCGGGGGCUCAUGGCGGGAGCUGGAGCGUGUCUACAGUCAGCGCAGCCGCAUCCAUGAUGAGCUGAGCCGUGCCGCCCGUGCUCCGGAUGGCCCCCGCCACGCUGCCAAUGGUGCCAAUGCGGGACCUGCCGCCGGCCCUACCGGCCCGCGCCGCCGGGUCAACCUUGACUCUGCGUUAGCAGCGCUGCGCAAGGAGAUGGUGGGGUUGCGACAACUGGACAUGUCCCUACUGUGCCAGCUCUGGGGCCUGUAUGAAUCGAUCCAGGACUACAAGCAUCUAUGCCAGGAUCUGUCAUCCUCCCUGCACUCGGACAGCUCCUACCCACCCGAUGGCAGCCUCUCGGAUGACGAGGAACCCCCUGAUGCCAGCCUUCCCCCUGACCCGCCACCCCUUACAGUGCCCCAGACACACAAUGCCCGUGACCAGUGGCUUCAGGAUGCUUUCCACAUCAGCCUCUGA